UGAAACCAUGUCGCUGCCUUUCGUAUCUACCUGAUUCGUUUCCUUACGCCUCUCGUCGACGCCGCAAUGGAUAAGACUGACUCGAGCCCGGCAAUCGAUGCCGUUGAAGACGAACGACCUCAAUCCCAGCAAAGUGCCGACGACGAUGCUGGGAGAAGAGGAGAAGGGAAGGGCCUUCGCCCAGCGUGCUUCAAUUCAACCAUUCAGGAGGUCUUAUUCGUCCUGACUGCGACCAUGGCCAUUGCCUUGGGUUCGUGGUUAACCGGUUCAAUCAUCGUCAUCACAUCCUUUGUCGGCCGCGACUUGCACAUGACCAAUGCUCAGAUUACCUGGCUCAUAUCGGCGAGCUCGUUGACAAGCGGCGCGUUUCUAUUGUUCUUUGGGAGGCUGGCCGAUUUGCUCGGCCGCAAGACACUCUUCGUCGGAUCCUUCUUCCUAUACUCGAUCUUCGCGCUCGCUGCAGGCUUCAUCAACUCCCCGAUCCCUCUCGACGUGCUCAACGGCAUCCUCGGCCUCUUCGCCGCCUCCGCCGUCCCGGCAGCAGUAGGCAUACUCGGCGCUGCCUAUGAUCAACCCAGCCGACGAAAGAAUGCCGCUUUCGCUUGUUUCUCCGGCGGCAACCCCAUCGGUUUCGUGUUUGGAACAAUCUUCGGAGGAAUUGCGACGACGCUGUUCAGCUGGCGCGCCAACUUCUGGCUCAUUGCCAUCAUCUUUUUCGUCUUCACCAUCAUCGGGCAGUUCACUGUUCCAAAGGACUGGACGGACAAGAAGCCGUUGACUUUGCAGACUGUCAAGCACUUUGACAUCGUCGGGACAUUGCUUACCGUUGGCGGCAUUGGCAUGUUCUCCGCUGCUAUCAGUCUCGGUCCCACCGCUCCCCAAGGCUGGAAGACGGGCUAUGUCCUGGCCCUCCUGAUCGUUGGUAUCCUCCUCAUCGUCGCCUUUGUCUUCUGGGAGAGAUGGUACAAGGACCCGAUUAUGCCCAUGAACAUCUGGAAGGACCGCAAUUUCUCGAUGGGCCUCAUCAUUCUCUCCCUCGGGUACGCGAGCUUCAUCCCCGUCAGCUUCUUCGUCGCCCUCUUCUUCCAGGAUGUGUGGCAUCUCUCUGCCCUCAUGGCCGCCGUGCAUCUCCUUCCCAUGGCGGUCUGCGGGACCAUUGUCAACAUUGUCGCGGGCCUGAUACUGCACCGCGUCAGCAACAAGCUGCUGAUGUACAUUGCCACAUCAUGCUACGCCAUUGCAUUUCUGCUCCUCGCCGUGAGCCGGCCUUCAUCCUCAUACUGGGCAUUCUGGUUCCCUGCAUUCUGCAUCAUGGUCGUCGGAGCAGACAUCGAAUUCAACGUGGUCAACAUGUACGUCAUGUCCAGCAUGCCGCCACACCAACAAUCCGUCGCCGGCGGCGUCUUCCAGACCGUCACGAAGCUCUGCGGCACGAUCGGCCUCGGCGUCACUACCGCCAUCUUCGACGCCGCGCAAAAGCGGCCCAUGCUUUCUUCGUACUGGGAUCGGGACGUCCAGCCGUACACCUCCGUCUACUGGUGCUGCUUUGCUUUGGCCGCUUUUUCGAUUCUCCUGGUGCCGUUCUUCAACGUUGAUACGCAAGGUGGUGUGCGGAAAGAGGAUGAUCGCGACGGGGAUGCGGCUUCGGAACAGAGUCGGCACGUGUCUGUUUCUGUGGAGGCUGAGAAGCAUCAGGAGAGGGAGAAGUGAGGUCUAAGAGAGAUUUUUGAAAGCAUGGCGUUGAUUUAUUGCAUCUUGUUGAUCUUAGCUACCUUACGGUACUCAAGCGAGGCGCUGGUGGUGUUCACUCAGAGCAUAGAAACGCAGUGCUUGACAACUGAUGCAUCGGUAUUUGUCACGAUUUGACUCUUAUCAGGAGACUGAAAUUGUCCAAGGCAUUCAACUUAAGUCACCGUCCUUCAUGCUCUCGAUGCAAUAUACUUAUCUAGAUUAAAUACCUACAGAUGUUUGUCAG